CCAGAAGAGGGAAAGCGAGGAAGAAGAAGAAAGGAGGGGAAGUGGGUGGAAAGCUGCAUUUGUGCUGGAGAAUGAGAUCUUUGCAGUUAUAUCUUUUAUAUUAUCCCCGGAUUGAUUGAUUCUCGUUUCCCCCCUACUCGAUGGAGAAAUAGAUCGAUUAUAUCUUUUGUAUUCGCAUAAGAGGGUUUAUUUUUUUUAAUAAUAAUCAAUAAUCAUCAUCCUAAGAGCAGGCAAAGCGGGAAUGGGUUCUGGACUGCAAAAUCAGCAGGCAAGGGCGGCGCGGCGGCGGUGACCAGGAGGCGGGACAACCGAGGGGGAGGCGCACCUGGGUCCCUUCCCCGUCGCCGGAUCCAGGGGCAGGCGGCGGCGGCGAGCGCGGCAGAGGAGCUGCUGCUUUUAACGCCAGCGCGGAGCCCGGCGCGAUGACGACGGACAGGCGGAGGAAGGUGGCGCUGCCGCCGCGGGAUUAGGGCCAAGGCAGCCUCGGCGCGGGGCGCUUUGCCGGAGGGAAAGGAAGAGGCAGCAAUUCAGCCCGGCUGAGCGGGAGGAUGGGCUGGCGCCUGGGGCUCGGUGGGGCCGGCGCCCCGCUGCUGCUGCUGCUCCUCCUGGCCGGGCAGGGCAGCGUCGGCCGGAGGUACCCGAAGCGAAAGUGCCCGCUGGGCUGCACCUGCACCAAGGACACGGCGAUGUGCGAGCGGGUCAAGGAGAUCCCCCGCGAUCUGCCCCAGAACCUCUUCUCCCUGUCUAUCAUUCGCUCAGGAUUCACUGAGAUCUUAGAGGGCAGCUUUCAACAUGUGCCAUCUCUUCAACUGCUCUUGAUCACUUACAACUCCCUGGAACUGAUCGGGGACGACGCCUUUGUGGGACUCAUACACCUGGAGUACCUGUUCAUUGAGCAAAACAGGAUUGAAACUAUCUCCAAGAACGCCUUCAGAGGUCUCAAGAACCUUCUCCAUCUGAAUUUGGCUAACAAUAACUUGAAGACCUUACCGAGACAUCUGUUCCGGGGCUUGGAUGCUUUGACUUCAGUGGACCUGCGGGGCAAUGCUUUCCACUGUGACUGCAAGCUCAAGUGGCUGGUGGAGUGGUUGGGCCACACUAACGCCCAGGUGGAGCCCAUAGAGUGCCGGUCACCAGCCGAGCUGAACCGCACCAGUCUCAGUGAACUCCGCCCUGGGGGCUUCAACUGCAUCACCACUGACCUUGUUCUCUUUGAUACGUUGCUGGAGCAGUCACUCUCAGUAGAAACCUUCACCUACAAGAAGGAACAGAACAUAGUGAUUGCCCACCCUUUCACUGGCCGCUGCAGCUUCUUGGAGUGGGACCACGUGGCAGGGAAAUUCCGCUCCUAUGCCACCAUCAACGGUUCCUCCACUGUGGUUUGUAAACCUCUGGUGAUCGAGGACCAGCUUUUUGUGGUUGUGGCUCAGCUGUUCGGAGGCUCGCACAUUUACAAGCAGCACGAAGCAGCGGCUGGAGGGUUUGUGCACAUGCAGGUUAUUGAGGGCUCACGUAUCCGCAAACCGAAUGACAUCGAGGUCUUCCGCAUUGAAGGAGACUGGUACUUCAUCAUGGCUGACAGCUCCAAGGCUGGCUCCACCACCCUGUACCGCUGGAAUGGUCACGGCUUCUACUCCCACCAGUCACUGCACCCAUGGUACCGCGACACAGAUGCUGAAUUUCUGGAGAUUGCUGGCAAACCCCACCUCAUCCUGGCCAGUAGCUCCCAACGCCCCGUCGUCUACCAAUGGAAUAAGCAGGAGUUUGUGCGCCGCACAGACAUCCCUGACAUGGAUGAUGUCUAUGCUGUCAAGCACUUCAAGGUCAAGGAGGAUGUGUAUGUCUGCCUGACCCGAUUCCUUGGCGAUUCCAAGGUGAUGCACUGGGAUGGCUCUAUGUUCCGAGAUGUCCAGCAGAUGCCUUCCCGCGGCUCCAUGGUCUUCCAGCCACUGAGCAUUGCCGGCUACCGCUACGCCUUUCUAGGCAAUGACUACUCCUUCAGCAAAGUGUAUCUCUAUAACCCCAUCACAGGGCUGUUCCAGCACUUCCAAGAGCUGAGCACCCAGGCCCCGCGCUCCUUUGCCCACCUCAACGUCGACAAGCAAGACUUCCUGAUCGCCUCCAGCUUCAAGGGCCAAACACAUAUCUACCGGCAUGUCAUCAUCGACCAGAGUGCCUGACCCCGGCGAUGGCAGGGUCGAGGAUAAGAGGCAGCCACCAUGGGGAGAGGAAGUGCAGGAGUGGAGCCAGCCCCUGGGGGAAGUGCAGUGCCAGAGGCAACCACUAGGGGGACAGCACGGGAUGCAGAUGCUGUUGAGAGUGCAAUUCUCCAGUGGCACCAGGAGGGGGAGGACUGGGUAACAGCUAGCCAGUGGGUGGAAGCCAGGUAACUGAAGAGCCAUAAUCACUAGCAUGUGAAAGAAAUGGCAACAAGAACAGUCAACAGGAAGCUUUUUUUUUUUUACCCACUGGAAUAAACGGAUCCUGUGACUACUGGACAUAGCAGGUCCAAAUAGCCCACACCACACAUUUUGCAGUGGGGCUAAACUGAGCAUCUUCACAGAUGGGGGCAUGUCAAUUUGGAGAGGCAAACCUUGCUUAGAAACACUCCGGAUCUUGUUCCCAGGCAAUCAUUUCUUCGGCAUUGAAAGUGUGGAUGCUCUCCCUUUAAUUUCUUGUUGUAACAUGAAGAUUUGUGUUUUCCCUCCCUCAUCUCUUUUUAUUCUCUUUUUAAAGGGUUCAGUGGAAGCAAUUGCCCAUUGCUUGUUCUCUCUGCUUGCUUAUUUUCCUACAUUUUUCUUCCUUUUUAAAAUGCAUGAUUAAAAAAAAUGUUUGGGCGAUCCAGCAAAAAGUAAGCUGCAACCCGAUGCCCACUUAUCUGGGAGCAAGCCCUGUUGAACUCCAUGGGAGCUACAUUUAUGUGGAAGCAAGUCUUGUGGCAUUCAGUGACACUCCUAAACAGGUGCAUAUAAAAAAGAUACUCAGUUUGCAAUUACUGGCUGCUGGGUUGCAUCAAAUGUGUUUUCAAUGGCUGUUUUCAGUCUUACAGGUUUUUUUAUAUAUCUCUCAUUUUAAGCACUACACAGUGUCAGGUUGUUAAAGCACAACUGAAGCAUAAGCUUAACUUUUAAGCACAUAAGGCAUCCCCACUCCUCUUGAUGUGUGGAGGGGGAGAAAUUCAAGGGGGCACAGGGUAGGAUGGACUCACUGAUAGGAUGGGUGGGCAGAAGAGAAUACAGAACUAGAGUAGGCUCCAGUGAGAUGGGUCCUGGACCCAGACAUGGGUCACGUAUAUAAGCACAGUGUUUAUCCUUUUACCUGUAAAUAACCAGCAUGUUAUUCAAAUCCAUCAAUCCUUCUCCAGUAGCGGACAGCACUGAGCUAUAAGGAAAACAUGCUCUUACCGGAAUGGUGAGGAUAUCGAACUGGCAUCACCUGGGCUGAGAAUACCCAAGAGGUCACUCCUGCAAUGACAGGCUGGUAUCCCCUUCUGUCUCCCAUUCGUGAAAGUGGGAUCCCACAACGUAUGAGCAAUGUAAAUAAAUAAAUAAAUAAAGAGUAUAUUGU